UCGGGUUCCUAGGAAUCCCUCUCAUUAUCUCCCUCCUCUCUGUUUCUUCCAUCUUGGGCAGCUGAGAAAUGGCGAAACCCGGUUUUGCAAUGGCGACUCUUCUUGCGUGCACUUGCCUUGCUGUGACGACUCUGGAUGCCUUCUCUCCCUCAGGGUGGACUCGAGCCCAUGCCACCUUCUAUGGAGGGAGUGAUGCUUCAGGAACCAUGGGAGGAGCUUGUGGAUACGGGGAUUUGUAUUCAGCUGGGUAUGGGACUAGAACAGCUGCUCUGAGCACUGCACUGUUCAACGAAGGUGUUUCUUGUGGACAGUGCUACAGGAUCAUAUGUGACCACAAUGCAGACGCCCAGUGGUGCAAGAAGGGAGCUUCCGUAACCGUCACCGCGACCAACUUUUGCCCUCCCAACUUCGCUCUUCGGAGCAAUAACGGCGGUUGGUGCAAUCCUCCCCUCCAACACUUUGACAUGGCUCAGCCUGCGUGGGAAAAGGUCGGCAUCUACAAAGGCGGGAUCGUCCCUGUCUUGUUCCAAAGGGUCCCUUGCAAGAAGCACGGCGGGGUGAGAUUCGCAGUCAACGGUCGAGACUACUUCGAGCUCGUCCUCGUCACCAACGUUGCGGGAGGCGGAUCGAUCCAAUCUGUUUCGAUCAAAGGGUCGAGAACUGGCUGGCUGGCUAUGUCAAGGAACUGGGGGGCCAAUUGGCAGUCCAACUCCUAUCUGAACGGCCAGUCUCUAUCUUUCAGGGUCACUACUACCGACGGAGAGACUCGGGUCUUCGAAGACAUCGCGCCAUCGAACUGGGCUUUCGGCCAAACGUUUUCGAGCUCCAUACAGUUUUGAUUCAGUGAAGGGUGUGAGGGCAUGAGAGUGAAGCCCUGGAAGUUCAGAAAGUUUGGUUCACUUGCUGGCAGAGGCGUGCUUGUUGCUUUCAAUGCUUUUGCAGAAGCAGCCCGCCAUAGUCUGGAGGAGAAUAGUACCAACUUCAAAUCUAUGCGGAGAUGAGACUGAGAGAUCAGAUGUAGUCAUUUUAGCUGUUUCUAUUAUACUCUGAUUCGUUGGAUUAAUGCGGAAAUCAAUAAGAUGCACAAAGAAAUAGCAGCUUGCUCGCUUGGGAAUAAUGUAAAUUCACUUUA